UGCAAAUUUAACUGCGGGUGUGCAAAUGUCUUUGAGAAACCGACCAAAUUGUUUUGACAGUGCAUGCAACACUGAAACAUUUCAACGUGACUGUCUCGUCUGUUAUGAUACAACUAAAAAAGUUUCACUGUUGCCACUGCAUUUGGCGCGCAACCGAAGUUCUUCAUCAGUUCGAUCAGAGUGCGGAUUUCCGAAAAUUUAGAAGUUGAAAAAGUGCGUGAUUUCGGUGAUUUCCGUAAUAUUUUCGAUCAAAGCGUACAAAAUGCCAUUUAAUCGCUCUCCCAUGCGAUAUGGCCACAUAGUUGGGUACACCAAUGUGGUCUAUCAGGAGAAUGGCGAUCGGAUUCUCAGUGUUGGAUAUGACGGUGAUGUCCGAAUUUGGGACGGUGUGUUUGACGACGAUGCGGCCACACAUUGUGUGGCGGAGAACGUUUGGGCCACGCUCCAGUACGAUGACCGGCUGCUGAUUGCCAACGAUCUGAACAGUGUCCAGGCUUAUAAGUAUCCGGAACUGGAAAAGGACGGUAUCGAGUUUCGCUUCACGGCCUUCGUGACCAGUCUGGUUCGGAAUGGACAGUAUCUGGCAGCUGGUUCCGAGGAUGGGAAAAUUAAGAUCAAGCCGACUGAGGAAGGAGGUGUGGAGUUCGACCUCGAAGAAUUGCCCGGCCCGGUUUUGAGUAUGGGGUUGAGUCCGAAGAAUCUACUAGCGGCCAGUUGCGGCGACGGAAAGCUGAGGGUUUGGGACUUGGAGAGCAAGAAGCUGUUGAAGACCGUGGAUGGCCUGCGGAAGGCGAAGAGUUUCGAGGGAAAUGUGUAUUUUGCAACUCCCAGUUUUGAACCGAGACGUGGCAACGUAUUGGCCUAUCCUAAGGGCAACGAGAUAGUGGUGCUGAACACGGCCACCUGGGAGCAACAGAAGGUCUUGAAGCAUACAACGUUGUCUUCCGACUUCACGUGUGGUGGGUUUUCUCCAAUGGGAGAGUUCUUUGCUGCUGGCAGCGCUAAAGGAGAAGUAGUGAUAUGGGAUUUCAAAACUGGAGUGGUUAUAAAGGGAGACGAGGCGACGAUUGAUUCCUUUCCGCUGAUCGGACUAACGUGGAAUCCAAAGAACAACGGCGAAUUGACAAUUUGUGACGACCAGGGCCAACUGGGGAAUGCCAGUGGCAUAUGUAUUGACGAUGAUGCAGAUGAAGGAAACGAUCUUAUGGAAAUGGCCGAAAGGGAGGCCAACGGCGCGGAAGAUGAUGAUGAUGAGGAUAUCAAUGAUAUAUACUCGAAACACGUGGCCGCGCAAAAAAUCUUGGCCGAUGAUUCGGAUGACGAAACCAGCAUCAACAAAUUUAAGAGCCAGUACGAAAUCCACGGCGACAAGGAUAAACCCCUUGGUGCCGUAUCGCUUCCUGGAGAAGUUGACGAUGAAGACGAUAACGACGAGGCUCGAUCUGCGGUGAGCGGUAGGUAUUCUGCGAAGUCCUACCCCAUGCAGAAAUACUUCCAAUCAGGAUCCACGCCCGAUCAUCUGGAGCAUCGUUAUUUGGUGUAUAAUCACGUGGGUAUCGUGCGAGCUCAUUCCGACGAGAAGGAGAAUGCCAUCGAAGUCGAGUAUCACGAUUCUUCCAACCAUCACGGAAUGCAUAUGGUUAAUUUCCUAAACCACACAAUGGCCGGUUUGAGUGAAUCUGUCGUGGCUUUGGCCUGUCCGGCUGGGACGGACAGUAAAGGGAGCAAGUUGGUGUGCGUCAACAUGGUUGCCUUUGGCAAUCGAGAAUGGAGUUAUACUAUGCCGGAUACGGAGGAGAUCAUUGGUGUAGCUGCUUCCGAUAAAACAGUCGUUGUGGUCACCGACGCAAAUCUGCUGCGAGUUUACACUUCAAAGGGCACACAGAGGGAAGUGAUAUCCAUUCCUGGUCCACCAGUGUCCCUUGCAGCCUACGGAGAUCACAUUCUAAUCGCUUACCACCGUUCAGCUGCGACCGAAGACCAACAUCUCAAUAUGAUGAUAAUCACGUGCGUCAAUUAUCGACUGCGAUGCCGAGACGUGCCAAUUCCUCUGUCGCCCGGAUCAGAACUUCGCUGGAUCGGUUACUCGGACAAAGGUUCACCGGUAACCUACGACUCGGAAGGAAUUAUGCGUCUGUACCUUUCGAGUUCCAAUUUGUGGAUGCCUGUUUUUGACGCCACAAAAAGCAAAUCAGUGUCGGAUAGUGUGUUCAUUGUGCACGUGUUCGAAUCGAUUCAGCAAGUGCAGAUUAUCGUUUGUCGUGGCGCCAAGUAUCCCCUAAUCAACCCGCGGCCCAUUCCGAUGAAUGCCACCUUCUAUGUGCCAGCGUGUGAGCAGGAUACCGAAAAAGGCUUGAUGGAGGCCGAUUUGCUGCGGAGCAUGUACCUGAAGUACGACGAUGCGGACAAAGUGAUGAAGGAAACUGCGAUCAAGCUGUUUGCGAUGGCCUGUCGCGCCGAAGUGGAACAACGAGCCAAGGACCUGAUAGAAACGAUUGCCUCCAGUCAGCUGAUUCCACUUGCCUGCAAGUAUGCCAGAAAGAUCAACCGAGUUCACUUGGCGGAGACUCUGUCAGCGCUGCACUCCACAUUCCAAGAUCAGGAGAAGUUGGAUGAACAAUACGAGAUGGAAAUCGCGCGGGAAAAUGCCUCCAUGGUCAGCGAACUGGAGCACAUCAAUCUGGAAGCAGUAACCAAAAAGGAUAACACCCCAAAAAUCAAACCCAAACCCCUCACGAAGCGUAAGAAUCCGUUCAAGAAAGACGAAAGUGUAACGGCCAGUCCCUCCACGCCCAACCCUCUAGGGCAUCUCACUGCCAACGCAAUUGGUUUCCCUUCACCUAGUGUAUCGAACCGUUCGACCACCCCUAGCACCCCCUCAGGAGUAAGCUCCACAAAUGGACACGAUGGCGAUUCCGAGUCGGCGGUGGAGAACAGCGAGAAUCAACCGACCAACGGCGGCACCAGCACCCCUAGCGCUUCGUCCGGGCAGAAAUUCAUGCCUUGGUACGAGAGCAAGAAGGAACAGCUGAGAGAGGAGAACCCAACCGUAAGCGAAUCCGAACUGAUCAAGAUUGGUUUACGGCAGUUCAAAACGCUCAACAUCUACCUGACCCCGCCAGCCAACGGCGAGAAGCGGAAGCGGGACGAGGGAGAACCGGGUGAGUCCGGAGUGUCCAAGCUGGCUAAAUUCGGGUUUUUCAAGAAGUGAUUACCCCCUGUUUUUAGCUGUGCGAUAGCGUCUAAGUUAAGUACAAUAAUGAAUUUUAUCUCAAGAAAGAGCGUCAUCAAUUAUCCGAACGUUCACAGUUUCUAUUUCGGAAGGGAUUAAAAUCCAUUAAUUUGUUUUCAUUUCGUCUAUUAAUCGUUUCUGUGUGAAUAUGUACCCCUUUUAAUACCGUGUAACUGAGGAGAAGAAAGAAGGGAGAGUCAGUGAGGACAGAACAAUAACCAUGCGACAGAUCUAGAAAAUCGGACAAUUUAACGUUUUGAGGUUUUAUUAAUUGUUUAGCUGGCAGUCCUUACAUUUGUUGUGGAAAUAUACAAAAAAAGUGGAACAAUUACAA